CGAGGCACGGAACCACACUUACGACCUGCUUACGCCAGCAAACGUAAUUCCUGCAACUGAGGAAGCAUCCGUCGGCACCAUGUUCAACAUGGACGCGAGAGGCAUUGGCGACGACCUUGCGGCGUCUGUUCCUCGUGCUGGAUUUUUGCAACGUUCGCAGAAGCCGAACGUGCCGCCGCUCAGCGCAGCCGAACUUCUUGCCGAUAUGAUCAAGCAGGGACGAAUUGCCAGCAUCAAGGAGGUUGAGCAAAGAGUUCUGAUGGACCACUUUUUUCUGAAAGAUCUGACGCGUGAGCGCUCUAAGUAUCUCCGCGAUCGGAUGAUGGCAAUGGUCGCUCCGUAUGAGCUUAACCCAGAAGACAGCCAAGGUGUGAAGUUUGAGGACGCGCGUAAGCUACCGAUAAUUUCUGUGCUGUUGGACACGGGUUGUCUGUGCGGGCCGCCGACUGAUCUGUCUGAAGUGCAGCAAAUUCUGAACCGUGACGGGGUUGAUUUCAAUGUGAUGGAAAAGUCAGGCAUAGUCUCGGCAGAUCUUCGCUUCCACAUCGUGCACGCAGCGAUCGCGCCAUGGCUAGCGGCAAUCUUGUUGCGCGAAGGGUUUCCACUUGUUGACCGAGGAAGUCUUCGAACGCGUCCGCAUUUCCUGAGUGGAUUUACUGGGGGGUCGAAAGACUGCGGAACGGUUGUCAUAGCCUUCCGUCUGUGGUUGAUGGAUCGCCGCACAGGGUUGCUACAUUUGACGCCAGCGAUCCUCGGAUAUGUUGUGCCAGGAUGGCAGGACGUCGAAAAAGACCGAGACAACCUCGGCUGUGGUCUUGGCGAAAUUACAUCAACGGGAAUGCGCUUUGUGGGAGGAGGAGACAGUGACCCCUUCACAUUAAGGAUCAACACAAGCGAAGAGCACGUGGUCGAGGUCGUUAAGUUUUGCAAGACGGCGCAGAGCAGCUUCUCGCGUGGCCCAUUCGAUAGCGCAGGACCUGAGGGCGAUUUGAACACGUCAGGGCCAGACUACACGCCGCGUUUGCGAUCGGCGGCGCCCUCCGAUGAAACAGUCACCAUCCGCCAAGGUGAAACGCGUCAAAUCCGUGUGCCGUUGCCGCUACCGAUCGGAACGCGAGUUCAGAUAGAUUUGAUCUCGUCAGACCGUUCAAGAUUACACAUUCCCGGCUAUCCUCUCAUGACCUGCGUAACUCACCAUCACGAGCUAGUCACUGAGCUGACAACAGUGAAGACCCAGGCGCGCCUUUCGGGUGGAGUGGUAACCCUCAGAGUGACGGUCUUUGAAAACCCUUCGUUUUCGACGAAUGUGCAGGCCAAAAUACUGUCAGCCGAGAAGGAGCAGGAACGCGAAAAAAAGAAGGCCCACGGGCCAGCAGAGGCGGCUUUCAACUCAACGAGAGUGCGCUCGCGCGGCAUCGACACCGACCCCAGGACGCUGGACUUAGCCCGGGAGGAAGUAGACGCGUUCCUCAAACGUUUCGACGCGAAGAUGCCGCAGGAUGAGAGGGUCGCUGAAGCAGUGCUGCAGUGGAUCAAGCAUAU